UCGGGAUGUUUUCCUCAGCCCCGAUCAAGGGGAAGUGCGGGGCGCGGGGCCCACCCUGCCGCCACAUCUCUGCCCGUGGAGGACAGGGGCUUUUUACUGAGUCUAAGGGGUUUAACUGACUCCUUUGAUGGAUCUCAAGGCUUUUGAGAGAAGACUUACUGAAUAUAUUGCAUGUUUGCAACCAACUACGGGACGUUGGAGAAUGAUCCUUAUAUUCGUAUCAGUCUGUACUGCAACUGGUGCUUGGAACUGGUUAAUAGAUCCUGAAACCCAGAAGGUAUCUUUUUUCACAUCAUUGUGGAAUCAUCCUUUCUUCACAAUCAGCUGUAUUACUCUAAUAGGCCUAUUCUUUGCUGGAAUACACAAAAGAGUGGUGGCACCAUCAAUCAUAGCAGCCCGAUGUCGAACUGUAUUGGCAGAGUACAAUAUGUCUUGUGAUGAUACUGGAAAACUAAUUUUGAAACCUAGGCCUCAUGUUCAAUAACCACAAUCUUCCUUCAAGUCUAUUCACUGCCGUGAACACCAGAAACAACCUUUUCUCAAGGUAGUGUGGCAGCAAAAAGCCAAAUGGGACUGUUGGCAGUUGUCUAGGAGUAAAAGUCUUAUUUAAAAGUGACAGCAAACUGUGCAAUAUUACUUUCUGGCAUAUUUAUUCAAAUUCUCUUUUGAGUCAUGUCACCAGUGCUUUUGCUACUUUUGAUUACCUCUUUUUUCAGUAUUAGUGUCACUUUUGUAUUUCUGCUACAGCAAAACAGCAUACAGUUGAAGUAUGUUAACUGGUUUCUAAGUUAAACUUGGAAAUCAAACCUCAUUUGUUUUAUGUCUUUGCAAACUACUGUAAAUAGCAAAUCGAUGCCAAUGUUAAGCAAAGAGUAAUACCUGUAUAGAUUCUUGUUCUUGUAAGCCAGUAUUGAAAGCAACACUUGCCAUUCCCACAGCUUUUUAUUAAAACACUUAUUAAUUGAUCUUUUUUUCCCAUUCCUGAUCACAGUCCUUUUGGAAUUGGAACACAAAAAGAUGUUAAAAAUGAGACAGUCUGCUGGAAAAAUUGGCCUUAUGUUUAAGAAUAUUGAAAAUAUGUCAAAAUAUUACUUUUAUCAAACUACAUAUAGUACGUCAGCCACUUGCAUUGUGGUUUUAUUAUACUUCAUUCAGUUUCAUCCGAGUUGCAGUAUAACUUGUUUUAAUACGAUUUUAGCAUUUUAAAACUGUCUUAAAUAUACUUUUGACUGUAAGAAUUAUGUACAGUGUCUGAAUUCCAUAAUACCCCUGUUUUAAGAGCAGAUUUUAUGCUGUGGUAGUCUGUCCAUGAAAUUAGUAUUGCAAAUGUUUAACUUAAGAUCCAAAUCGUUUGGUAAAGGAAACUAUGUAAACAGUGCCACAAGUCAACUUACAAAACUUAUUUUCAAGAAGUGUUUAAAAAAGAAAAAAGUUCAGUGUGGCUAUUAUGUAUGUACGUAAUAGCUACAAUAAUCAUAACAGUUUAAUUUUAAGUGUGUAAGGUGCCUUUUUACCUGUUUCAAAUUCUCUUUUAAUUGAAUAUGAGACUUUAAGAAGACAAAGCUUUUGCAGUUACAGGAACCCCUCAUACAAACAAAGCUGCCUCUUAAGGAGCAUGGUUUGACUAGUGUAAACUCACUCAGAUGUGGCAUUAACAUUUUUGCUCAUAAAUUCUUUUCUUCAGAAGUUUCGUACUUCUGUAACUCCCUUAUUUUUUUUAACUGCUGUAAAUUUUGUAGUUACAUAUGUGCAUAAAAAUAAAUGCUUUAUAUAUAAAUAGUAUGUCAACUGUUUUUGUAUUGUAAAUGAAUUAAUUUGCAAAUAUAGAAAAUUACAAAAGUACUUUGGCUAUAAACCAUUGAAAA